AUGCCGCCUCUCCUCCCGCUGCUUCUGGACGAUGAUGACAGCAAUGUUGUGACAGUCUGCAUAGACAAGUCGUUUACCGACGGCGACAGCUCUGUCUGGCCGACACAUCCACGAUACGAAAGAGAAGAUCCGCAGCUUUAUUUGCGGAAAUUGGCCCAAUAUGUGGAUGAAAGAAAGAGAUGA